AUGCAGAUCAACAAGGGCACUACGAACAACAAAAUUAUUAUGCAGGAGCUCCAUGCCCUUUCCUGGCUUUCUGCGCUCCACAAUUAUCAUAUAACUCUGACUUAUCUCGAGGGUUUUAGUAACACUGUCGCUGAUUUGGUUUUGCACCUUCCCGAGUGCCCUCAUCUGUUAUUGUUUUACUGUUUCAGAUCACCAGUAUCAAUCAAUCUAAAGGGCUAAUGAAAAGCCAGAAACACCCCAUAUCACCCUCUAUGCUCUUACAGCUCCAUGAUUGGCUUCAUUUCGAAAGUAGCUUCAAGUUGUCUUUCUAGGCUAUUUGUUUGGUUGCCAUAUUUGGCAUAUUUCGGAAAUCCCACCUUUUACCCAUGUCGCCGACUUCCUUUGACCCUCGUAAGCAACUCACAAAGGCUGAUUUUAAAAUCUUCCCCUGGCUGGUUCUCAUAGAUAUUUGCAUGAGCAAAACCAUUCAGAUUCGUGAGCACGUUCUAGAAAUCCCACUUUCCCACAUUCCAUGCUCUCCAUUAUGUCCAACAGCAGCCAUCAUCAACGCGCUUCACUUUAUAGCCUUAGGUUCUAGCACAUGUUCUUAGGCAUUCUGGUCGGACCGCCAGCUUGUACAAGUUUUUGGCUAUGGAUCAUUUGUUUCCUUUCUGCACACUCAUGGCCUCUGUACACAUAGAGGUAUAGACAGGUAUCUUGCAUUGCUGGGUUUUGACCCUAAGUUUUGAUAUCAUUUGCUUCCGGUGUUCCCAUUGAACUGAUUAGGGCUCUCAGCAAUUGGUGCUCUGACACCAUUCUUAUCUCUUUAACCAUGCCUUUAACAGUUCGCCCUCAUUCUGCUAACAUGCUUUGUAAAUCCAUCCUACUACAUAACCCACUACAACCUACACUAACUAGCAUUUUCACUCCUUCUUUUCUGGGUUUGGACUGUUGGUUUAGUGUAUACGUCCAAUAUCUUUGUCAUGUAUUAGUCUAGUGUGUUAUUUAUGUAGGUUAUAUACAUCUAAUAAACUGUCUGGUUCCAAAACAAGCCUCUGUCUGUUGUGGUGUUUAGGUGAAUAUUAACCUCUAUUACUAUGAAUCUAUACAUCACUAAUAAUUGUUUUUUUCCUAUAAGUUGAUUCCAUUUAGUUGUAUUUCUUUUUGUUUACGAGAAUCAUUGAGGAAAAAAUCCAAGUUCAGUUAUCUCAAUGCCUGCAACUCUUUGUUACUCCAUAUAGUAGUAAAUAUCCUCCUAUUAUUAAUGAUGAACAUAACCAUCGCUUUGCUGUAACACUUAUGUCAAGCCUGAAGUUUAAAAUCUAACUUCUUUAGAUGACAACAAUCAUGAGGAAAAAGAAGAGUAGAUUUUCAUGGCAGAGUUAAGUAUUCAGGACAAAAAAGACUUUGAACAACUUCUUAUCCCUCCCUGCAGCUAUUGGCAGGAAGCAAAAAAACACUUUAGUACUGAAGAAAUAGGUACAAUGCCCACAUGGGUCACCACUAUGAAACACCAUUAUAACCCUCAGUGAAACAUGUUCACAUGACUCACACACCACAACCUUAAGCAACCUACAACAGAUAGCUUAUAAAAUUGUAGAAAACCAUUUUAACAACAAUUGUGAAAACCUUUUAUUAUAACUUGUUAAGGGUAUUGCAGGCUAUGGCAAGAGUUAUGCCAUUGAGGCAUUAAGAAUUUUAAGUCCAACAAACUGCAGUGUUCGCUUACACUGAAAAAGCAGCAUGUCAAUGGAAUCACAUUACACUCUUUGCUUAGACUACUAAUUGGCACAAAAAGGCUCAAUGACCUCAAAAGAACAGCUCUCCUACAACUUCAAAGUAACCUUGAAAGUGUGAAAUACUUAAUAAUUGAUGAAUAUUCAUUUGUAGGCCAAGGUCUGUUUAGCUGGAUAGAUAGUAGAUGUAAACAAGCUAUUAGCAAAGCAAACAUACUAUUUGGUGGUAAUUCUGUACUUCUUUUGGUGAUAUAGCACAAUUGCCUCCAGUGUGAGACAAAGUACUUUAACAUUUAAAGUCAAAGACAGAGAAACAAACCCAGGGUUUUUUAAUGUAUAACUAAUUUAACAAGGUCGUAAACUUAACAGUCAAUCAAAGAGUCAAAGGUAACAACAAAGAACAGUCAAAUUUCAUACCACUGUUAAAUAGAGAUUGCAGUAGAGACUCAACAGAGGCUGAUAAAGUACCCCUCAAAACGUGUCAAAUGUUCACGAAUUUGAGAAAUCUUCCAUAAAACUUUCAUACUUCAAGGAGGAAGUGACAGAGUUAAAAAUUAACAAACUAAAAGCUUUAAACGGACCAGUAGCCAUUGUUAAAGCCUGCCAUUCUAAUGGUUCUCACAAUCUUCAGAUGAUGUCCACGCCUUUGUAACCUCCAAGUUGGAACACUGUAACUCUCUUUUAUACGGUGUCCCCAAAUACGCUAUCCAAAAGCUCCAAUCAGUGCAGAAUGCAGCGGCUCGACUUAUUACCAGCUCUCGUAAAUUCGACCGCAUCACCCCUGUUUUGUUCGACCUACACUGGCUUCCAAUUUCUGAGCGAAUUAAAUUCAAAAUAAUUCUGCUCACCCAUAAAGCUCUUCACCAGCAGUCUCCUGUCUACAUUCAAGACCUAAUACGCCGUUAUUCAACUUCAAGAACGCUCCGUUCGUCUUCAACAUUGCGUCUGACUCCUGUCAGCUUUAAUCUCAAGUCCUAUGGCUAUAGAGCUUUUGCUGUUUCGGCUCCUGAACUGUGGAAUAAACUACCUGAUGACAUUCGUUCUUGUGACAAUUUAAAUAUUUUUAAACGUAAACUUAAGACUCAUCUUUUUAAAAAUUACUUUAAUGUAUGA